AAGCAUGAAAGAGGUCGAUUUCUAAACUUCCACCAUCUCACUUUUUGGGUUGGAAAUGCCAAACAGGCUGCAUCAUUCUACUGUGACAAGUUGGGAUUUGAACCUUUGGCCUAUAAAGGUCUUGAGACUGGUAAUCGAGAUGUGGUAUCACAUGCUGUCAAGCAGGACAAGAUUGUUUUCGUGUUUGAAUCCCCACUAAAUCCGGGUAAUCGAGAGAUGGGUGAACAUUUAAUCAAGCAUGGAGAUGGCGUGAAAGACAUAGCUUUCCAGGUUGAAGACUGUGAUUUUUUAUUUCAGAAAGCCAAAGAACGUGGGGCAAUAGUUGUAAAAGAGCCAUGGAUUGAAGAAGAUCAAGGUGGCAAAGUGAAAUAUGCUGUUUUACAAACUUAUGGAGAUACUACACAUACCCUUGUUGAGUACCUGGGGCCAUAUCAAGGUCUAUUCCUCCCGGGUUUUAAAGAGCCACUGUUUAGAGAUCCGGUGCUUUCUUCUCUGCCACCAGGUUGUCUUAGAUUUGUUGAUCACAUUGUUGGAAAUCAAGCUAAUGAUGAUAUGCUCUCCGUGGUGGACUGGUAUCAAAAUUGCUUGCUAUUUCAUAGAUUCUGGUCUGUAGAUGACAAACAGGUUCAUACCGAAUAUAGUGCAUUACGUUCAAUUGUGGUAACAAAUUAUGAAGAGACCAUAAAAAUGCCAAUAAAUGAGCCAGCUGCUGGAAAGAAAAAGUCACAGAUUCAGGAGUACGUGGACUACUAUGAUGGUGCUGGUGUACAGCACAUUGCACUUAAUACUUCCGACAUCAUCAAAGCAGUGAAACAUCUGAAAUCUCGUGGCAUAGAGUUUCUUUCUGCUCCUGACACCUAUUACGAGGAUCUAAGAAAACAACUAAAAACUGCCAAGAUCACAGUGAAAGAAGAUUUGAGUGUGCUACAGGAGCUCAGAAUAUUAAUUGAUUAUGACGACAAAGGCUACCUUCUUCAAAUCUUCUCCAAGCCAAUGCAGGACAGGCCCACUCUCUUUAUAGAAGUUAUACAAAGAUACAAUCAUCAUGGUUUUGGAGCUGGUAAUUUCAAGUCUUUGUUUGAGGCAAUAGAAAAGGAUCAAGAUGCCAGAGGAAACCUAACGGUGUACACGAGUAAUGGAGAGCAACAAGCAUUCAACUGA